GUGACUCGUGUGACGUGUCGCUGAGAUGUAAUCAGGAAGUACAAAACAGUCUGCGGACAUUUCACCAUGCUAACAGAAGACACCAUGGACGAGGACGUGUCUCUGUUUGACGCAGAGGACGAUGCAGAGAAAAGGUCAAAGAAGAGGAAUCUGAAGCACCCGGUGGCGUCCUUCUUCCACCUGUUCUUCAGAGUCGGCGCCGUCAUCGUUUACCUGCUCUGCGAGCGCUUCAGCGGCAGCUUCAUCGCCAGCAUGGUCUCCAUCAUCCUCCUGCUGUCAUGUGACUUCUGGACAGUGAAGAACAUCACAGGGAGGUUGAUGGUUGGUCUCAGGUGGUGGAACCAGGUGGACGACGACGGACGAAGCCACUGGGUGUUUGAGUCCAGGAAGGCCACCGGGAAACAACAACAAGCCACAGAUGCAGAGUCUCGGAUCUUCUGGCUCGGCCUCGUCGUGUGUCCGGUUCUCUGGGUCAUCUUUGCGUUCUCCACCCUCUUUUCUCUCAACAUCAAAUGGCUCCCGAUCGUGAUCAUGGGCGUCGCGUUACAAGGAGCAAAUCUUUACGGAUACGUACGAUGUAAAGUCGGAGGGAAGACCGACUUAAAGAACAUGGCAACCAAUUAUUUCGGACGACAGUUCCUCAAACAGGCGCUGUCUAAAGAAGAGGAAUCGUAGAGCACCGCUCUGCGAUGUUAACGUUAGCAUUAUUCUUAAUGCUGUCAUAUAUUUUUUUUUCUUUUAGUGAGCGGAGAAACGGAAGAGAAAAGUCUUUUCCACCACAUGAACUGAAAAUAACAGACUGACUUUUUUCUUUUUUUUCCCUCUCAAAUCUCAUUUAUUUUGUUUUUUUCAUUAACUUUUAACACAAACUUUAUUGUUAUAAGCUCAAUAAAAGUGUGUGGUUUCUGAGAGGGAUUUUACAAAUGUUUUGUUUGGUUUUAAGUGUAAAAUAUGUUGAAGGUUUGUGAAUAUGAAUGUAAAGAAACGGUGCAACGUCUUUAUUUUGUCUGCAAAUACCUUUGGAACAUUUUUCUGAACAGUGAAAGAGCUUUGAUUUAAAUGAGCUACAGUAUUUAAAUGUUAACACAAUAAUUUUGAGAUUUGCAAUAAAUAAAAGUACAUUUUGUUUAGAGGAAAGGGACAAAAAUACAAUAAUUAAAUCUAGUUUUUAAGGAAAAUAGUGGGAAAUGUCAAUUAUUCUGGAAAUCUACUCUUGUUUGAUGUUGUGUUGAGUGAAUGAUGAAGUGGGAAAUAAUCACAUGAUUCUUUGGUGAUAAAAAUUUCAUUAACAACAGAAUUUGUUGGUAGUUGGUAAGAAUAUGUGGCAAAUAUUUCAAUUUACAAUGUUUCCUUUGAUGUCUGAGCAAGAAUUUGUGUUGGAACUGUAUGAGGUUAAGGUAUAUUUAAUACAUAUUCACAUUUAAACAUUAAAAUUGACCUAUAAUGCUUUA